AUGUCGAAACAGUUUCAACCCAUAAGUGACAUUAUCAACACUACGCCCAAGAACAAAUCGCAAUCCUUUACCGAAAUAUACGGCGAGCCCGAAGACUUUCUCGAAAUCGAAGUUCGCAACCCAAUAACUCACGGAUACGGUAACAAUCAAUACACCGACUACGAAAUCAUUUGUCGAACCAAUAUCCCAGCAUUCAAGAAACGGUCGAGUCGGAUAAGAAGACGGUAUAGUGAUUUUCUUGCGUUUAGAAAGAUUUUGGAAGAAGAAACGACUAGGGUCGUGAUACCUCCUUUACCGGGCAAGAUUUUGUUGAAUAGCAAUAAAUUUAAUGAAUUGAAUAUCGAAAAGCGAAGACAAGGUUUGGAGAGGUUUUUAACUAUUGUGAGUGGUCAUCCGUUGUUGCAAACGGGGAGCAAGUCUUUGAUUGAGUUCAUUCAAAAUGAAAAAUGGGAUCCCAAACAAAUGAUCUAUUAA